AUUAAGACUCAAGAUCGGAUCCGUCAGCUGGUGCCAGGAUUUAAAUUCAACUUGGGUUUCUCGGGAAAAUACUUCCAUCGGGGCACGUGGGAGGAAAACGAAGGAGACGACACAAUAUUAGAAAAUGUAGAUAAAUUCAACUGGUUCUGUCACAUGUGGAAUCACAUGCAACCACACCUGUACAAUAAUGAAACGCAUCUAGAGUACGAGAUGUCACUGAACAAAGCGUUUGCCGAGGCGCACGGGAUACCGACUAACUCCAGCUACUCAGUAGCACCCCACCAUUCCGGAGUUUAUCCGGUACAUGAACUGCUAUAUACUGUUUGGAAAAAGGUCUGGAACAUUCGAGUCACUUCAACUGAAGAAUAUCCGCAUCUGAGACCCGCCAGGCUGAGGAGAGGAUUUGUCCAUAGAGGCAUCAAGGUGUUGCCAAGGCAAACUUGUGGCUUGUUCACGCACACCAUCUAUGUUGACCGGUACCCGGGAGGCCUAAAAAAAUUGGACGAAUCCAUAAUGGGCGGAGAACUGUUUCAAACCAUUGUAUACAACCCUAUCAACGUAUUCAUGAGCCACAUGUCCAAUUACGGCAGUGACCGGCUAGCGUUAUACACCUUCGAGUCGGUAUUCCAGUUCAUCAGGUGCUGGACAAAUUUAAAAUUGGUAUCAUCAGGACCUCUGGAACUGGCAGACAAAUAUUUUAAGAUGUAUCCAGAAGAAAUUGAUCCAGUUUGGGGUAAUCCUUGCCUGGACCAACGCCAUCUUAAGAUCUGGUCUUACAAAAAAUCUUGCCAGCAUCUUCCCAAGUUUCUAGUAAUUGGACCUCAGAAGACUGGGACCACGGCAUUGUACACAUUCUUGUCAAUGCACCCAAACAUAUCAGCAAACAUUCCGAGCAAAGAAACGUUUGAAGAAAUCCAAUUCUUCAAUGGCCGCAACUAUUACAAGGGAUUAGAUUGGUACAUGCAAUUUUUCCCUUCAAACGACUCUGUGGACAACAAGAUUGUAUUUGAAAAGUCUGCCACCUAUUUUGAUUCAGACAUUGUACCUAAACGAGUACAGGCGCUACUGCCCAACGUAAAACUUGUGACCAUAUUGAUCUCGCCGGCAAAACGAGCAUACAGCUGGUAUCAACAUGCCAAAGCCCACGGUGAUCCAAACACUCUCAAGUAUUCGUUUCAUCAAGUCAUAACAGCCAAUGAAUCAGUCGUUCCAAAAUCGCUGAGGGACUUUCGUAAUAGGUUAUUGCAAUUAAUAAUUAUUACAUAUUUUUCAAAGUUUCAAAUGGCCUGAAAUCUAAAUCAGAGAGCAUAAUAUUAUAGGUCGAGUGAGACUCUGUAUGAGUUUUAGGUUUCCACCAAGGAUAACCAUUUUAAAUAGGUUGGGGU